CCUACUUCAAUCCUCUUAUCUGUUUGUAACAGUUUAACCUUCAUUAUUUUAUGGUACUUAGUGUAAAAAAUUCAAUACUUGAAAUAGUUUAAAAUCAUGUUCAAAAUUUUGGCUUGCAUAAUUUUGAUUUCAUUCAAUGUUUUUAAUACAGAAGCGACGCCAAAAAAAUUCAAGUUCGUAAUACCUCCGUUCAUAAUAAAGUCACUGAAAAAUAAAGUUGAGCAUGUCUUGGAAAUGGCUGGGGGCAAUAGUCAGUGCGCCAAAGACAUCAAGACUCUCUUUAAUGAUGCUCUCCACAUGAAAAGAUGGGCCUUAGAAAUGCUCGAUGCCACUGGAAAACUACAAAGCGGAAUUUUUGCUGGCAAUUUCUUUAUGAAUGGCAACUUCGACGAAUGUAUAGAUAUAAAAGAGAUGAGAAAUAAAACCAUAAGAGGCCAGUACUGUACCGUUCUACUGACGCCUAGCGAUAGAUACAGUCAUUCCUUUGAUUUUUCCAAUGCAGCAACAUUGAAAGAAGUGUUUGGCGUCAAAACUAGCUCGCAAAUCUCAGAUGUGUUGAAAAAUAUCAAAAUGAGCUACGGUAUCUGCAUUCCGGAUUCUUGCUCCAUUGGGAACCUACAAACAUUGUGGGACUAUGUCGAAUACACUUUUAGAAUACCGGUACAUUUGAAUUUUUUUGAUACGAUGUGCAGUACCAAAAUCAAGGGCAUCAAGCCGUUUGAUUUCGAUGUUUUAGUACAUGCGUGUUUCGGACUAUAUUUCAUUCUACUAGCACUUAUUACUGGAUACGAUAUUCUAUUUCACCAAAAAGUUAAAGGUACGGAUAGCCUGUGGAUUUCCUUCUCAAUCUAUACCAACGCUAAAAAGAUAUUUACAGUCAACGAUGAACUGACAGAAAAUAAUUUUUUGGCAGGAAUAAGUGGAAUAAAAGCAAUAUGCAUGUUAUGGAUCCUCUAUGCACACAGAGUGUUACUAAAUUUGUUGACAGGAGCAACUAAUCUUAUUUACGUAUUAGAGUGGAAAUCUAAAGUAUUUACAGCCUUUAAUCUCAGUAGUUCGUUUGCUGUAGACACUUUUCUGAUGUUAAGCGGACUUCUUUUAUCAUUUAGUAUUCUAACCUACAAAAGUACUAGACCUAAGAUGACAAUUCCAGUGUUGCCGCUUUAUAUAUACAGAUUCUUGAGAUUGAGCCCAGCAUUGAUUGCUAUGAUACUAUUCAAUAUCAGCAUUUUUAAACAUUUAAAUAACGGACCAAUAUGGCCGCUGCGGGCUACAACACUCGCUGUAACCUGUUCGAAAACUUGGUUGGCUACGUUGCUGUUUCUUAGUAAUAUGAUCGACGUCAAUUAUCAGUGUAUGGAACAAGCUUGGUAUUUAGCUGUAGAUUGUCAACUGUUCUUUAUUUCUCCAAUUAUAUUAGUCAAUUUACUGUCGAAGCCCGUAAGAACUGUUUUGGCUUGCAUUGGGAUAUGUCUGCUAACUGGAAUAUACACUUUUAUCAUCACUAUCAGAAAUAAUUAUGGAUCUAUUUACUUUGAGAGCAACAAAGAAUAUUAUACCAACAUUUAUACAUCAACAAUUGUCAGAAUGCCCCCUUGGUUUAUCGGUAUCAUUUUCGGUUACAUUCUUUUCAAAUACAAACACAUAAAAUUAACAAAGGUUGUAAGCUCUUUGGCUUGGAUUACGGCUUUCUUAACAUUGGCAGGUCUGAUUUUGGUACAUCUUGUUUUUACAGCAACCAAUGAAUACAACGUAAUGAACGCAGCCAUUUUUAAUUCAUCCGCAAGGCAAUUUUGGGCACUUGCUAUUGGACUCAUAUUGUUUCUUUGUACUAUUAACAGAGACGGGAAAAUAAAUGCAUUUUUAUCAAUGCCGCUGUUUAGAAUCAUCGUAAGGAUCUCGUAUAGUGUAUAUUUGACCCAAGGCGCGGUACUAAUUUAUUUCACUAGUGGCAAAAAGAAUUCAACAUAUUUUUCCGAUAUAACAAACAUUCAUGAUUUCUUGGGAGACCUAUUUUUUAUUUUUAUAAUGGGACUUUUAUGGUGCUUGGCAUUUGAGUCGCCUUUCAUAGCUGUUGCUAAGUAUUUAUAUAAAAGAGAAGAAUUAUCAAGGAAUAAAGUUGCCCAAAAAAGAAAGAAAAACAAGAAAACGAAGAAUAAUUAUAUUGUUUGCGUGUAUAAAUACGAAGAAGAUGAAGAUACAAUGAAAAAAAUUAAAUAGAUUCAGUAGUUCUUAGUUAAUUUGUUGAUUUUUUAAUUAAAGUGGAU